CUCUCUCUCUCUCUCUCUCUCUCUCUCUCUCGCUGCGUACCAAACUCCACAUCUCCUCCACUCUCCUCUUCGAACGCGCUCGGAUCGAGUAAAGGGGUGAACAAGGAAAGGUUCGUCGAGGGAUCGCCAUGGCCGCUCUCGCGAGCUCCCUCUUCGUCCCCACGAAUCAGCGGCUCGACUCGUUUCCUCGUGGAAUUGGGAAGCAAUUGAAGCAACCUGUUAUCAUCCUGAGUCCUUCCGGUGUGUCUUAUCAUUCGGUUCAUCAUCCGAACAGCAAAAUAGCAAUUUCUAGGAGCCGAAAUGUUUUUUGUGCUAGCUUCAGCAGGGAAGGUGGAAGGCCAAGUAGUGCUAGUAUUUUUGUCGGUGGCUUCAUAUUGGGAGGAAUCAUAGUGGGAGCUCUUGGUUGUGUUUAUGCUCCUCAGAUAAGCAAAGCACUGGCUGGAGCUGAUAGAAAAGAUCUCAUGAGGAAGUUGCCGAAGUUUUUAUAUGACGAGGAAAAGGCUUUGGAGAAGACAAGGAAGGUCCUGACCGAAAAGAUUGCUCAACUGAACGCUGCGAUUGAUGAUGUUUCUUCCCAGCUCCGAGCCGAUGAUGCUCCAAACGGAGCUGCUGUUACAUCUGAUGAAAUUGAAGCUGCAGCAUGAGGUGUUGGGGACAACUGCAUCUGCAGUACGAACUGCAUCUUUCGCUUUGUCUGUGCAUUUGUAUUUUUGUGCACAAUAUGUUUAACAAGAUGAUUGAGAAAUUAAGGACAUUUUAUACCCUGCUGCAAUGUGAAUGCUAGUGCUGCUGUUGAGGUUUUGUUACUACAUCCCAAAUAAUAAAUUCUUUAGUUAUUUA